CAGAAUGCACAAAGCAACAGUCACUCAAACAGCAAAAAAUCGUCGCCAAAUGCCAUCGCAUCUUUCCACGUGGCAAAUUCUAAAAUAUCCCGAAAUAAGUAGUAUAAAAACGAAUGGAAAUGAAAAAAGCCAGGAAGGAACGAGAGAGUUGGAAAGACUGGUAGUUUUCUUUGGUUCUGUUUCUUUGCUUCUAGCCAAGCGUCCUUCUUUCCUUGCUAAAACCAUAAGCACAAGCAAUCCUCCCUGGACGCUACCACACCCGAACAUGCCACCGGAGAACAACCAGGUUCCGUUACUAUCCGACGAGGACUCCGACCAGGAUGUCGCGUACGAGUCCGGUGAAAAAGUCCAUAUCGUCGGAAUCAAUGAACAGGACGAGGAACGAUCGCUGGGUGUCCCACCUUUUUCCUGGAAAAAAUUAUGGCUUUUCAUCGGACCCGGGUUUUUAAUGUCAAUAGCGUUUCUGGAUCCUGGGAAUUUAGAAGGGGAUCUUCAAGCCGGAGCUAUAGCUGGUUACUCUUUACUGUGGCUGUUGAUGUGGGCUACGGCUAUAGGGUUGUUGGUUCAGCUGCUGGCCGCUAGGCUUGGUGUGGCGACGGGGAGGCACUUGGCCGAGCUUUGUAGAGAAGAGUAUCCGACUUGGGCUAGGAUGGUUUUGUGGGUAAUGGCAGAGGUGGCGUUGAUUGGAGCUGAUAUCCAGGAAGUGAUUGGAAGUGCUAUUGCUAUUAAGAUUUUGAGUAAUGGUGUUUUGCCUUUGUGGGCUGGUGUUGUUAUUACAGCUUGUGAUUGUUUUAUCUUCUUGUUUCUUGAAAACUAUGGAGUGAGGAAGCUGGAAGCAUUUUUUGCAGUCCUUAUUGCAACUAUGGCUGUCUCAUUUGCUUGGAUGUUUGGUGAAACAAAGCCCAGUGGCACCGAACUUCUUCUUGGUGUUUUGGUUCCAAAACUCAGCUCCAAAACCAUCAAGCAGGCUGUGGGAGUUGUGGGCUGCAUUAUUAUGCCUCACAAUGUAUUCUUGCACUCUGCUCUUGUGCAAUCACGAGAAAUUGAUCACAGCAAGAAAGGCCGGGUGCAAGAAGCUCUCAAUUAUUACUCAAUAGAGUCCACUGUUGCACUAAUAAUUUCCUUUAUAAUCAAUCUCUUUGUUACAACUGUCUUUGCCAAGGCAUUUUAUGGUACAGAACUAGCCAGUAGUAUUGGCCUUGUGAAUGCAGGCCAGUAUCUUGAAGAAAAAUAUGGAGGUGGAUAUUUCCCAAUUUUAUAUAUCUGGGCAAUUGGUUUGUUAGCAGCUGGACAAAGUAGCACUAUUACUGGCACUUACGCUGGGCAGUUCAUCAUGGGAGGUUUCCUGAACCUGAGGUUGAAAAAAUGGUUAAGAGCAGUAAUCACAAGGAGUUGUGCAAUUAUUCCUACUAUUAUAGUUGCUCUUGUUUUUGAUACUUCUGAAGCAGCACUAGAUGUCUUAAAUGAAUGGCUUAAUGUGCUUCAGUCAAUUCAGAUCCCGUUUGCUCUUAUCCCACUUCUUUAUCUGGUAUCCAAGGAACAAAUCAUGGGUACCUUCAAAAUUGGCCCUGUGCUCAAGACAGUUUCAUGGCUUGUGGCUGCACUGGUGAUAGUGAUCAAUGGGUAUCUUUUACUUGACUUCUUCUCCUCCGAAGUCAGUGGUGUAAUGUUCACAAGUAUAGUGAGUGCGUUUACAGGAGCAUAUCUUGCAUUUAUAAUUUACCUUGUUUCUCAAGGUUUUACUUUAUCUGCUUGGCGCCGUUUGUUACCCUUUAAACAGACACAGGGAAUUGAGUGAUUAAGCUUAGACACCCUUUUCAACGCAAGAAGAUCAGAAGCAUGAAAUGUUUACUCUAUUUUCACAGAUGAAUUCCCAGUUUAAAGCAUUUCCUUUUCGCGUUUGUACAAAAGUUCAUUUUAGUAGCUUACUUCUUCUCGAGUAUUGUUUCAAACAACACGGUUGUAGGUUCCGUAUUAUUGUUAAAGAUGUAUUUAUCCUUUCCUGCUGUAUACAGAGGAUUGGAGAGAGUGAGGCUGUAACAAUUAACAUUAUUUUGAAACAUUUGAAGGAGCCAAAGUAUGUAAUUUCGAUAAUGUAUCUCAAAUUUUGUUCAAGCUGGCUAUAUGAGAACCAGCUUUGAACAAACAUAUAAUUCAAUAAAUUUUACUGAUGCAUUUGCUA